AUAGGGACGCGGCGGCCGGGCCUCCAGGCCACGGGCUGCCAAAGGCCGGGGCUCUUCACCAGCCCUUGUCGCUUCUAACACCAUGUCGGUGCGGACGCUACCGCUGCUCUUCUUGAACUUGGGCGGGGAGAUGCUUUACAUCCUGGACCAGCGGCUCCGGGCCCAGAACAUCCCCGGAGACAAGGCCAGAAAAGAUGAAUGGACAGAGGUGGACAGAAAACGAGUUAUGAACGACAUCAUCUCUACCAUGUUCAACAGGAAGUUUAUAGAGGAAUUAUUGAAACCCCAAGAGCUCUACUCCAAGAAAGCCCUGAGGACUGUCUAUGACCGCCUGGCUCAUGCCUCCAUCAUGAGACUGAACCAGGCCAGCAUGGAUAAGCUCUAUGACCUGAUGACUAUGGCUUUCAAAUAUCAAAUAUUGCUGUGUCCCCGUCCCAGGGAUGUGCUGCUGAUCACUUUCAAUCAUUUAGAUGCCAUCAAGGGAUUCAUCCAAGACUCUCCAACCAUCAUGCAUCAAGUAGAUGAGACUUUCCGGCAGCUUGCAGAAAUAUAUGGGGGUCUCUCUGCUGGGGAGUUCCAACUGAUCCGGCAGACGCUCCUCAGCUUCUUCCAAGAUCUGCACAUCCGAGUGUCCAUAUUUCUGAAGGACAGAGUUCAGAAUUCUAAUGGGCGCUUUGUGUUGCCAGUGUCCGGGCCUGUUCCCUGGGGAACGGAAGUUCCUGGACUCAUCAGAAUGUUCAACAAGAAAGGCGAAGAAGUAAAGAAGAUGGAAUUCAAACAUGGUGGAAACUAUGUCGCUGCACACAAAGAAGGUUCUCUUGAACUUUAUGGAGACCGAGUCCUGAAACUGGGAACUAACAUGUACAGCGUGAAUCGGCCUGUGGAAACCCAUAUGUCUGGAGCAUCAAAGAAUUCAGGCUCACGGACACAGGAAAGCAUUGCUCCCAACCCUCUUGCUAAAGAAGAACUGAAUUUCUUGGCCAGGCUGAUGGGAGGGAUGGAGAUUAAGAAACCCAGUGGCCCAGAGCCAGGAUUCCGAUUGAAUCUCUUUACCACUGAUGAAGAAGAGGAACAAGCAGCGCUAACCAGACCGGAAGAAUUGUCCUAUGAAGUUAUCAACAUACAGGCUACCCAGGACCAGCAACGGAACGAAGAGUUGGCUCGGAUUAUGGGGGAGUUUGAGAUCACAGAGCAGCCAAGGUCAAGCACCAGCAAGGGGGAUGAUUUGCUGGCCAUGAUGGAUGAGUUAUAACUCUGCUGACCAGGCACACUCCUCCCCCAAAAGAGAGGCCUCGUGCUGAGGACCCCUGGGGAAUGCUCCAGGGCCCAGAAUAAUGCUGCUAGUUUUCUACUGAGUGCAGCCAGCACCUCUAGUUCCUAUUUAUGUGGUAACGAACUGUGCACAUCUCCCUCAGGGAGUACCCUCUCUUGAAGGCACACAGACACAUAUUUCCAGCAAAUAUAUACUGGCUUUUGAACU